AUGGCUUACUGUGGACAUGAUGUUAGUACUUCCUUUGUGAUUAUUAUGCCCAGAGGGAUAUCUGACAAACAAAAGGAGUGGACUUCUGCCCAAGUAAAGGAGGGAGCCCAAGCCAGGGCUACCUCCUGCUGGAGCUGGGUAUGGGGAGAGGAGCAGAGAGAAAAUCAGAAUGAAGACUCUGAGUUGGGACUGGACACUUUCACAGUCAUCAAAGCUGUUCCUGCCCAGAUGCUCUGGUCUGCCCAGGCGCCCACAGACCUCACUCCUCCUGUACCACCAACUGCCGAUGAUGACACUGUGUUUCUCGGUGUUGUCCCUUCCCCUGAUGCUGAGCUCACUAGCAUGGCGUCUCCGCAGAGCCACGAUGCUGACAGCUGCUCUAAUCUCAUGGAGGAGACGAAAACUUUCUCAUCAACUGAGAGCCUGCGACAACUUUCUCAACAGCUCAAUGGUCUUGUGUCUGAGGUACCACAGGAGGGGCCCAGAAAGCAAAGCAGGUGGAGGGGCCAGAAACCGCUGGGAAUGAUCACCGAGGCAGGGGUUCCCAGGAGACAGAUUCAGGAGAACCUCUUCAAACCUGCCCAGCUGGUUUGCCAGAGGAGCUGGACCUGUUUUGCCAUCUUAGGGCUCUUUUGGCUUCUGAUUUAUCAGGAGCUCAAGAAGUACAUGGAGGAGUCAGAGCUUAAUUUCUUAGUCAGCCUCUACUACCCCUCAGCAUCUUCAUCCACAGUCUCUGGCCAGGCCAAACCUCCUUUGGUGUGA